AUGCUCGUCCUCUUUACUGAAACGUUUAACGCAGGUGCUCUCUUAGGGAGUAACGCGGAAGGCUUAGCAGGUGCGGAGUCCCCCCCUGGAGGCGUACUCGGGGGGGAAGCAUCAGACGGAGAUCCACUCACAGAAGGAGCUUCAGAACAGAAAAGGAUGAUGACUAAGGGUGGUAGACCGGCUAACCGUCUAGGCAAAUGUCAAACGGGACAGGACCCUACUCCCACCAUUCGUAGGGCAUCUCCUAAACUUAGGAGACAAUCCGAAGGGGUAGGCCAAGCAAACUACGUCAAAGUAAAAGCACUACCGUUCAAAAGAACAAUCGGGGUGAAGAUUAACAGAACGUGUGGGGCAGAAAUGGGAUUCCUUUUCAUCCCCCACUCGUCUAUGUACCUUACAACGGAAGAGUCCAAAGCGGGAGCCUUUAAGAUGAUGACCCAUAUUGAGGAUAACGCUUUUCCGCUUAACUGGAGGGUCUACCUGCCCAGGGAGCCACACACAGCAGCAAAGCGAGACGCAACUGAGACGAAGUGGCACGGGCGAUCCUUAGCAGGGAGCAAUGACGGCCCGUGUGACGAGGGGCAUGACUUCUUUUCUGGGGGAAUUGACUCGGGGGAGGAUGGAGCCAUUCCCCCCAUGGAGAAGGGUGAUCAGCCGGAGGGGUGCUCAGAAGAAGCAUCAGAGGAAGAGUCAGAGGAUGCAUCGGAGGGGUGCUCAGAGGAAGCGUCAGAGGAAGCGUCGGAGGAGCAGCAGCUGAGGAUCUCCAUCGAGCGCGUGCUGAGCGGGGUCUACAAAGUGGCUGCGGACGGAAGGAAGGUGCUAAUCACGCGGGAAGAGCUAGACGACUCCCUUAAAGAGGAGCUAAAAAAAUACUGCCAACUUUUGAAGAAGGUAGACAGCAGUGGAACUCUGGAAGAGCAUCAGAUGGGCAGCGAAAUGGAAGUGUUUGAUAACCUCGUCAACCUUCUGCAAAAACAUGGGGACGAAACGGUUCUUACUCUUCGGAGGAAACUGAGGAACCCAGCGGUGUGCAUGAAGGAUGUGAGCGAGUGGGUGCUGAAGAGGAGGGGGUUGGCCUUGCCAGACUCGCCCAGCAGCAACGCGAGUGAGAAGGACGCCAAUUUGGGUGUAGAUCCCAAGUGGAUGGAAUGUGUGAGGAGUAACUCCAGAGAGGAAGGCGCCGAGGGGUACAACGGGGAGGAAGACGGAAUGGUGAAUUUGGCCAAACUGAAAAUGAGAAGCAAACAUUUUUGCUGCUUCAGCGGUGAAGGGAACCAAGACAAGUCGAAUGGAAAAGGCCCUUGCGCUCCCAAAGCUGAGGAGGAAGUGGAAUGA